GUAUCCGAUGGUCUAAUGUAUGUUUCUCUUCUGAGACAUCAGAAAAUUGCAUUGGAUUGGAUGCUUCAGAAGGAAACCAGAAGUUUGCAUUGCCUUGGGGGUAUUUUGGCUGAUGAUCAGGGCCUUGGCAAGACAGUUUCAAUGAUUGCCCUCAUCCUAAUGCAGAGGUUACUGCACUCAAAAUCUAAAACAGACGAUGCAUCCAAUCAUAAAACUGAAGCUUUGAAUUUGGAUGAUGAAGAUGAUCGUGUUACUGUUGAUGUGGAAAAGCUUGAAAAUAAAGAAGAAUCUGAUGAUGUAGAAGCUAUUACAGAACCUAGGAAACGGCCAGCUGCUGGUACACUUGUUGUUUGCCCGGCAAGUGUUCUUCGACAAUGGGCCAGAGAGUUUAAAGAAAAAGUUGUUGAAGAGCAGAAACUUACUGUUUUGGUUUAUCAUGGGGGCAGCAGGACAAAGGAUCCUACUGAACUUGCAAGAUAUGAUGUGGUCCUCACAACAUAAGCUGUUGUGACUAAUGAAGUUCCAAAGCAGCCAUUGGUUGAGGAGGAUGAUAUUGAUGAAAAAAUAGGGGAAAUAUUUGGAAGUAAGAAAACUAAAAAGGGUAGAAAGGGAUUAGACGAUUCUUCGAUUGAAUGUGCUUCUGGUCCUCUUGCAGAAGUACGUUGGUUUAGGGUUAUUCUAGAUGAAGCUCAAACAAUAAAGAACCAUAGAACUCAGGUAGCUAGAGCUUGCUGCAGUCUUAGGACCAAAAGAAGGUGGUGCUUAUCUGGAACACCUAUUCAAAAUACUAUCGAUGAUCUUUAUAGCUACUUUAGGUUCCUGAAGUAUGAUCCUUAUGGUGUAUAUAAAUCGUUCUACAAUACAAUAAAAGUUCCAAUAUCCAGAAAUUCUAUAGAAGGGUACAAGAAGCUUCAAGCAAUUUUGUCGACUAUUAUGCUUCGCCGUACAAAAGGAACUAUGAUCGAUGGGAAGCCAAUAAUCAAUUUACCUCCUAAAACAAUUGAGCUGACUAAGGUGGAUUUCUCCACUGAGGAACGGGCCUUCUAUAUGCAGUUGGAAGAUGAUUCCCGUUCCCAAUUUAAGGCAUAUGCUGCUGUUGGCACUGUGAAUAAAAACUAUGCAAAUAUUCUUUCAAUGCUUUCCCGUCUUCGUCUAGCUUGUGAUCACCCGCAUCUUGUUAAAGAUUUUAAUACUGAUCCCAAGGUUUGGUCUUUCUCUGUUCAAGAACUCAUCCGCCCUUCUUACCAAAGAUUGCUAAAUAAUUUGGAAACAACCUCUGCUAUAUGCUGUGCUUGCAAGGAUCCACCUGAAGACCCUGUUGUUACAAUGUGUGGCCAUGUCUUCUGUUAUCAAUGUGUAUCAGAUUACUUGAAUGGUGAUGGUAAUACAUGCUCUGCUCCUGGUUGUAAAGCAGCACUUGCAGAAGAUGCUGUUUUCUCCAAGGCUACGUUGAAGAGUUGCUUGUGUGAUGAACUUUGUGGUAGUAAUUCCAUAAAAGUGCAUGAUUUUGCUCAUUCACUAGUGCAGCAGAGUGAGUACACUUCAUAUAAAAUCAAAGCUGUCCUUGAGACUCUGCAUUCAAAUUGUAAACUGAAUAGUCGUAGCUCUGGUUUACUAAAUUCUGCUGAAAGCCAUAGAGGUUCACUACUAUCUUCUGAUGAUUCAUAUAUUGAAGAUUGCGACUUAGAUGCUAAGAUUAUGAAACACACAAGAAAAUAUUCACAGUUGACAACCGUAGGACCAAUAAAUGCUAUAGUUUUUUCCCAAUGGACUAGAAUGUUGGACUUAGUUGAGGCAUCAUUGCAACAAUCCCCUAUACAAUACAGGAGACUUGAUGCGACGAUGUCUCUGAUUGCUAGAGACAUAUCUGUUAAAGAUUUCAAUACUGAUCCCGAGGUAACUGUUAUGCUGAUGUCGCUGAAAGCAGGAAAUCUUGGUUUGAAUAUUGUUGCUGUGUGUCAUGUUAUUCUUUUGGAUCCGUGGUGGAAUCCAACAAAUGAAGAUCGAGCUCAUAGAAUUGGACAGAUUCGUCCUGUUACAGUGACACGGCUCACUAUAAAAGAUACAGUUGAAGACAGAAUACUGGUUCUUUAGGAAGAGGAGGAAAAUGGUUGCAUCCACUUUUGGCGAUGACAAUUCCGACUCUCGCCUUUCAGUGGAUGAUCUGAAAUAUCUUUUUGGUGUAGAUUCUUAGAUUAUUGCCUACUUGUUCCCGCCAUGAAUGGUUAAUGCUUAUAGUUAAGUUUUGCCUUUGGAGGGUUAGGUUUGGAGUUCAAGAUAGUUCAAGGGAUGGAUGGCUUCUUUUUUGUUGGUGCCUGCUGACAUGUGUUGCUCAAGUUGACUGGUGAGGUUGGCUAAUUUGUGUAGCACAAAGCUGCCUGUAAAUAUUCUAAUUAAAUUUAUAUAUAUGGAAAUGCUACCUUGUACAAUUCUAUUGUUCAGGUGCACACUGUGCU